AUGAUUGCGUUGGCUUCUGAAUUUAGUAAUAUGCGGACCAUACGGCUACCACGAUUUGUUUUCGAACUUGCAUUCUCACCUGUGCUGUUCUUCGUUGUCACAGAGUGCAAGUGCUUAGAAGUGCGGCUUUCAGCUCUCCGUCUGAUAAAGGUACUAGGAGCAGAAAGAGAGGGCCUCUUCGAAAGCCAAAACUUGUACGCUCUGGGGCGCCGAAAAGUCCAAACAGAACAUGGUGUGAUUUUGGAUGACUUCGACUACCCUCAAGAUUUGGUUUUGAAUUCGGAUAUAGAGUUUUGA